GGCAUUUCCAGGGGAUUACAUUUAACUCCUUUUGACUUCCGACCUGUGCACUAAAAAUUUUACACACAUCUACACUUUGAUGAGCCUGAAAAGAUUGAGGUAGAAAAACUAUAUUGGAAAAUAAGGCCAUGUCUUCAACUAAUACAGAAAUACUAACAAAAUUUGAAAAUAUCGAUCAUCUAUCACAGUAUCUCAACAAUAUAAUUAACAAUCUCUCGAACGAAACUCUAGAAUCCCAAGACCAAGACCUGGAAAAAACUAUCAAAAACUAUUUCCGACAAAGAGCAACCGAUGAAACUCAUCCUCUACCAGCAGAACUACCAAAUCACAUCCAAAAAGCUUUGGAAACUUCAUUCAAAAUACAUCAAAGUACCAUUACAAAUACCCUAAUGAAAGAAAAACUUUCAAAUAAGGGACAAAACUUGGUAGAACAGUACGAUUGGAAACUGCGCUGGGUUUUGGGUACUUCAAAGUUAGCAAAUCAAAGAGUACCAUUAUGUCAAUUGGAGUUGUAUUGUUCAAAGAAUUUGAUUAAUUUUGAAUGUACUUUUGAACAAGUUGAAGAAUUGAUUAAUGUAUUGAAUAAUGUUAAAAAGGAAAUUAAAUAAUAAUAAUAA